CAAAGCCCACCACGACGUAAACCCAGAACCUGAGGAAGUGAGAAUGGCGCAGUUUCUCCGCGGCAAGGCCACCGCCGCCGCCGCCGCCACCGCCGCCAGGGAGGCGGCGCCGUGGCGGCGGACGGCCUCGGCGUCGUACCACCACACGAUCCAGGCUGUACCGCGGGAGACGGCCGGCCCGCGCGCCGCGGCGCGCGAGCGCCGCCACGGCCGCGUCCCGGCGGUCCUGCUCACGCUCGCGGGCGCCGCGCCCGGGAACGGAAUCGCCCACCGGCAGCUCCUCACCGCCGACAGGAGGCAGCUCGCGGAGAUGCUCAAGCAGUCGCCCUACUUCCUCUCCACCCCCGUCCGCCUCCAGGUCCGCGCCGGCGAGCGAUCCAACGCCAUCGUCCACGCCGGUACCGUCCUCCCCAUCAAGGUGCAUAGAGAUGAAACUUCUGGGAAUAUAUUGAACUUAGUAAUGGUGAAGGCAGAUGAAGGAACAAUGCUGAAGGUGGAUUUACCUGUAGAGUUCAAGGGGGAGGAUACUUGCCCUGGGUUGAAGAAAGGAGGCUUUUUGCAGAAAAUAAGGACCAGCCUGGUGUAUCUCUGCCCAGCUGAGCACAUACCUCCAAAAAUUGAGGUGGACCUAACAAAUCUUGAUGUCGGAGAUAGGGUAUUAAUGCAUGACAUUCCGGUCCAUCCAUCGCUCAAGUUGCUGAGUAAAAACGAGACCAUGCCCAUCUGCAAGAUCUUGGCCUCAAAGCCAAUUGAGCCAGUCGAGUAGCCAGCACUGCAAAUAUUUCAGAGUUGAUAACAUUGUACCUUUGGGUGGUACUGCCCUCCAGCAUCUCCAUCUCUUGGCUUGUUUUUUUGUUAUCCGUUCCCUAGGUUUCAAUAUGAUAGUGUAUUCAGACAAGCUACGAGCUUCAAGUAAAGAUAUAUGAAGGAACAAAAUGAAGAACAAUCACUGGAGAAACCUUGUCUGUACCAAUCACUAUAGAAUAACAUCCUUUCUCUUUUGAGUGUUCGGGUUCAGGGACACAUGACAUGUAAGAAGACAUUGUGCACUAUCCUUUUGCUGUGUGGCCUGGCCGCCUGGGUGAAUUGAUUCUCUGGGCUUGGUGUUGUUUUGAAACUGUAAGCUGGCUACUCUUGCAAUGGCUCACGAUUCAUCGUUCUGACUGCA